AUGACAUCGGUAAAUUACAAGGAUAAUGGGGCUUAUGAAAACCCACCAAAUGUAGUGGAUGCUACAGGAAAUGACUCUCAUACCCUUUCUACCGAGGCACGAAUUCGACGACAAGAUCAAGGCUCCCACGCGGAGUUCUCGUUUGCCCAUCAAAGAAGCAAUCAUGGCUUCUCAUGGCAAGGAAACAGACUAAUCAACCACAUUUGGUUUGAAACUCUUUAUAAUUCAGAAAGAAAGGACGAUGGAACACGCAAAGUGACAAUGCGAUCGAUCUUUAAGAUGAUCAACUAUGCCGUAUUUUUGGCUCUCAUUAGCUAUGUGGCAUUGGCCGAAUGUUCGGUACAAAAAUACUUCUUCACGAAAAUCAUCGGCGAUCUUUUCGUUAACUCAAAAAACAAUGUGAACGACAAAUCAUUCGUGGAGAUAAGCAGCCUGGACGAUAUCUGGGGUUUCCUGGAUGACGAAUUCUUGAUCAGCCUUUACGACACCGAUGCGAACACAACUGAUCGUGAAGCCAUGGUGUACUAUAACAACAAGUUACUUGGCAGACCUAGAAUUCGCAUGCUCAAGGCGAGCAAAAUGACAAAAGUAAAAAGUUUCGCACUUAUAAUUAUUUGCAGCAACUACCACCCAUCGGUUGAAAACAAAGAACCACUUGAUCCAAAUAAUCCAGAAAAAUCAGAAUCAAUACUUCUCGAUAAAGCAAAACAAGCUCUAUACGACGCUAUCAGACAUCCACCUCAGCAGCCAGAAAGUAGGCAAAUCUGGUUCUUGCUUUUGGAACUACCUGCUUCUGGCGGCGUUCUGCCUUCGUAUCGUUUCAAUACCUAUGACCUGAUGCGUUAUACUGGCUCACUCGGAACCGUUACGAUCGUACUGGAAGGGAUUUUGUGUGGAUUCAUAGUAUCCUACAUAAUCGAGGAGUUCUUCGAACUUUUCCAAAUUCGUCUACGCUACUUCCUUAGCUUCUGGAAUAUUGUCGAUAUCGUUCUUCUAACGCUUUGUUGCAUUGACAUCUACCUGGGUUACAACAGCAAUACAAUAGCCGCUGCUCGCAUUAAUGAAGUUCUUGACAAUGGACUGUCUGAUGCUGCGUUUGACGAUGUUGUGCAAUCUCAGGAGUUGUACAGCGAUAUCGCUGCAGUCAUUCUGUUCCUUGCAUGGAUCAAAAAUAUGUUCCUUGCCAUCAUCAACGACUCCUACGUGGAGGUAAAAGCUGAACUUGCAAGACAACAAGCCGGUGAAGGAAUUUUUGACUGGAUAAGGAAGAAACUCACGGCUCGCAAGGUUCCCGAAAGAAAAGUGGCUACUUACAAUGACUACAAAAUCGACUUAAUGAUGGCUGGUUAUCAAGAGAAAGAUAUCAACGCAGCUUUUGAGAAACUCAACAUCAGCUUCACCGACAAAGUCGAUGAUAAUGCCCUGAUCGAGGUUGGGAAUGAGAUUUCUGAGCAGACUAAGCGAAAGAAAAUCAUCGAUGAGGAUUAUCGCUCAACUGCAGUGCUGACUCGUCGCAUCGACAUGAUGGAUAAUGCGAUUCUCAAUGUUGUCGACAAAUUGUCGCAAACUCUCGAUCAACUGAAUCGCAUCGAAAAUGGCAGAGUGAAGGCGAAGGAGCACGAAAACACAUUGCGUGCAGAGGCGUUGGUGAUGGAUGCUUAUCAUCGUGGCGAUCUUGGUGGAGAUGAUGACAGUGACAUUGAAAGGGAGGAGCAUCGUCAAGAACAUUAA